GGACGAGGAGCCCGGGGGGCGGCGGCGGGGCCGGCAGCAGAUCAUCCACAGCGGCCACUUCAUGGUGUCGUCCCCGCACCGCGAGCACCCUCCCAAGAAGGGCUACGACUUCGACACGGUCAACAAGCAGACGUGCCAGACGUACAGCUUUGGCAAGACCAGCUCGUGCCACCUGUCCAUCGACGCGUCCCUCACCAAGCUGUUCGAGUGCAUGACCCUGGCCUACAGUGGAAAAUUGGUAUCUCCAAAGUGGAAGAACUUCAAAGGACUGAAGCUGCAAUGGAGAGACAAGAUCCGGCUCAACAAUGCCAUCUGGCGGGCAUGGUAUAUGCAGUACUUAGAGAAACGGAAGAAUCCUGUGUGCCACUUUGUGACUCCCUUGGAUGGCUCUGUGGAAGUGGAUGAGCAUCGCCGGCCAGAGGCCAUCACCACAGAAGGGAAGUACUGGAAACGGCGGAUUGAGAUUGUGAUCAGGGAAUAUCACAAGUGGAGAACAUACUUCAAGAAAAGGCUCCAGAAGCACAAGGACGAGGACCUUUCCAGCCUGGUCCGGGAUGAUGACCUGCUUUUCUGGCAUAAGAGUGGGGAUGGGUGGGACACCCCAGUCCCCAUGGAAGAAGAUCCACUCUUGGACACAGACAUGCUCAUGUCAGAAUUCAGUGACACCCUCUUUUCCACUCUUUCAUCGCAUCAGCCAGUGGCCUGGCCCAACCCAAGGGAAAUAGCACAUUUGGGAAAUGCAGACAUGAUCCAGCCAGGGCUAAUCCCUCUACAACCAAACUUUGACUUCAUGGACACAUUUGAACCUUUCCAGGACCUGUUCUCAUCUAGCCGCUCCGUCUUUGGCCCUAUGCUUGCUGGACCUGCUGCUUCAGCUGCAACAGACCCCAGCAGUCCACCAGCGCAGGGGCCUGUCCUAUCAGGGGGCACUCUGCCCACCAUGAGCUUCCCUGACGGCCUCAUUGUCCCACCAGGGCCAGCCUCCCUAAGCCCCACGGAAAGGCGGAGCUGUGAGCAUGGGCCCCGACUCGGGGGCCCUUUCAUUCAGCCCACAGACUUUGGUAGCCCAGAGCCACCCCUGAGUGGUCCACAGACUUUCCUCCCAGUAUUUCCAGGUUCCCUGCUCUCUCCCGGCCCAGCACCAACACCGUCUUCACCUGCAAUGCCGUUAGUGCCCCCUCCGGGGGCCCCUCUGAAUGCCCAGGCUCCAUCUCCUUUUCUGCAGUCACAGAAAUUUGGGGUUGGCAAGUCAUCCUCGGUCAUCACCCACACAGCCUCGGCUACACUCACGCCUGAUGCCUCUGCAGCUACUUUCAGCCAGAGCCAGGGCCUUGUGCUAACUGCACAGCAGGCAGCCCCACCAGGACCACCCUGUAGCCUGACAGUGCCUCCAGCCAUUGGGCCAGCCCAGUCUCGCCUGACUUUUGCCCACCCUAAAUCUGUGCCCUUGGCUAGUGGGCGAGCCAAGCCACCCCCUAAAAUAGUGCCUGCUCUAAAACCUGAGCCCGUGUCUUUGCUGUUAAAGAAUGCUUAUAUCGCCCCAGCUGCCUUUUCAAGACAACCCCAAGCGGUGAUUGUGACCCCUGGCCCUCUGAAGAGAGAAGGGGUAUUGACCUCUACUAUGUCCCAGCCCAAUGUGGUCAUCGCCAGGGCUCCUGGCGUCACUGAGUUCCAUAGUGGCAUCCUGGUUGCUGCAGACCUUGGCCAUGCUGCUAGUAGCCAGCCAUCCCCAGCCUCCCGGCUCUUCUCCCCGAGUGCUGUGCUGCAAGACUCUUUGGUGAAGCGCGAGCAGAUCUCACUUCACGGAGGUGGUUCCCAGAUUGCUUCUCCGUCUUCCAGCCGAGACUGUCCGAACUCUGGUCAGGCCUCUCCUUGUGCAUCAGAACAAAGUCCCAGUCCUCAGUCUCCCCAGAACUGCUCAGGGAAAUCCACUACAGACCCCCCAAAUGUGGCUGCAUUCAAGAGCCGGAGGAUGAAGCACAUUUCAGCUGAACAGAAGAGACGGUUCAACAUUAAGAUUGGCUUUGGAACCUUAAACAGUUUGAUCUCUAACAACUGCAAGCUGACCACCCAUGCCAUCACCCUGCAGAAGACAGUAGAGUACAUUGCCAAGCUUCAGCAGGAGAGGAGCCAGAUGCAGGAGGAAGCACGGCGCCUCCGGGAGGAGAUUGAGGAGCUCAACGCCACCAUCAUCUCCUGUCAGCAGCAGCUCCCUGCCACGGGAGUGCCUGUUACUCGCCGCCAGUAUGAUCACAUGCGGGACAUGUUUGAUGAUUAUGUAAAAAGUCAGACCCUACAGAAUUGGAAGUUCUGGAUUUUCAGCAUCAUAAUCAAACCGUUGUUUGAGUCAUUCAAGGGCAUGGUAUCAACCACCAACUUGCACGAGCUCCAUCAGAGCGCGCUCUCGUGGCUGGACCAGCACUGCUCCCUCCCUGUUCUCAGGCCAAUGGUUUUGGUCACCCUCCGCCAGCUGAGCACGACAACGUCCAUCCUCACGGACCCAUCGCAGUUACCGGAACAAGCAUCUGAGGCGGUCACCAGAAUCGGCAAGAGGACAGGGGAGUCCCAGCAGCCUUGAGCACGUGGCCUCCACCGUUAGCUCAGGGAUCCCUCCCUAUGUCGAGGCUAGCUGGCUCAAGAGCCAGGGUCCUUGGCUUCUCCCAAAGCCCAGCUUCCCUGCGUCCCUUACGAUUUCCCUCUGAUAAAGAUGAGCAGUGUCAGCAGAAAUACCCAGCUCAGGUUCGUAGCAGGUGCGGGUCCUGCCAACAGCAAUAGCCCAUCUGCUGAAACACUGUGUGAUCGAGUCCCUGUGCUUAGUGACCUCAAACGUCAGCCUCCCUGGGAUUCAGACGGUGAGAGCUGGUCCAGAAAAAGGGAAAAGUUUGUUCUUGAUUGACGUUGGCCUUGCUGCUGACCCUGCUUCACUCCAGACCAGCUUCUCUGGAAGACUGAUAGCUCCUACAGGAGCUGAGGACAAAGGCAGCGAUGCUCUGUCCUUGGGUUGGUUAAAAUCUCCAAGCACCUGCCCCCAUUUCCACACUUGGGGCUUGGUUUUUCUCUUUUCUUACUUUGUUUGUGGUGGUAAGGAAGGCUUCUCUUCUCUGACUCCACCUCUGCUGAUGUAGCAUUUGGAAGAUGUAUGCCUGCCUGCAACACCAAGGUAGCAACUUUGACACGCAUCUGUAACUUGUAAAUACACUUAAACUUCUUCUGUGCAGGUGACUGCUGCCGCAGGGCACCUGCUUUUACUGCAUGGCGUCAGCUGCCGGGGAGUUGGGAGGGAGUGAGGGUGUGCCUUCCUAGGGAACGCCGGCCUCAAGAACAGUCAUUCUUGGGACAUGUAUGUGCUAAACACGAAAAGCUGCUGCGUCAUUCUGGAAAACAGAGAGGGAGUGUGCCAUCUGGUGAUUUAGGUAGCGUCACGGGCGCUGGGGCUGGAGACCCUCACCUGGCAGCUGAGACCCUGGCUUUCCCUCCCUCACCUUCCAAGCUAUACUUACUAAAGGGAGCAUUUGAGAGCAUUUUAUAAAAGUUUGUUUCCAUAAGAAGCCACUGGUCUUAAGUUUAGCAUUUGAAAAGCCAGGUUAUGUGUUACUGCAGUCGUCUUCAUUCUCAGCCUAGCCUCUAGCCAGGACUCAUCUUCUGAAAGCUCUUAAGUCCUAGAUUUUCGGACCAAAGAAAUUCCUGUAAGCAAAGUCUGAGGAAAGGGAACCUGUCCAGUCCACUGUUCGGGUGACUGAGGUUGUAGGAAGUGGAGAGUCUUAUACUGGAUUGUUCUUUGGAGGUAUCUUAGCCUCAUGGAUCAGGAGAGAAUUCUAAGUACCUGAGCAGAGUGGAGGGGAGGGCCCUAGAGGUACUCUCCUUAUCCAUGAAUGAUAAACUAUUUCAGUUAUCUGACAUACACAUUCAGUCCCACGUGGAGGAGUCGGCCCAUUUACAAGUGAAGGAUCUUUCUGAGUACAGAGAAAAGCCCUCGCUGGGACUGAGAGGAUUGGAAAUGCAUCAGGGGCAGAAGCCGGCUUCCUCGUUGGUCACUCCUGUCUAGGCAGCUUCCACACGGCGGCUGUGGGCGUGGAGCUUUACUCCAAGGGUGAAAGCCACUGCCUUUCUCGACUGGGGCCCCUGCUGCGCCCUCUUUCUGACUAGAAAAGUGGAAAUAGAAAUGAAUUUCACAGCCCCGGGGAAAGUGUCCCAUUGUCCCCCUUUUUUAGAACACAGCCAGAACCACCUGGCUGUAAUUCUCUCAGGAAUGUGAUAGGGGAGAGGCUGCUUCCUCUCCAUCCUCGCUGCUGCUUAUCCCCCCCCAGGCAGCGAGCAUUUCUUGUGUGACUGCUCAGGGCAGAGCUAAUCUCUACAAGUUCUGGGUGGUCUUCUAAGCCCAAGGCGGUCUGCCCCUUCUCUCAUCCACAUUUCCAUUGGCAUAUUGGUAGGACUGAGAGGACGUUUUAUUUCGACCACUUUGGGGCCUGGUUUGCAUAGAAAGUAGUCUGGGCAUCCACUCCAGGCGGAGCAAUGAGCCCUCUUUGGGUCGUCUGCCUGGUGGAUCACAGCAACAGCACAAGGUCCUUGGGGAGUUACCCCUCUUCCGUCUGGAAUCUAGAAAGGUGUAGGGAAGCAGACAGAGGGAGCUGCAGGGGAGAGAGAGAGA